AUCCCUUAUAGUGAGGUGUUGAAGUAAUUAGUUGAAGUGGUUUUGAUAAAGACAGUACAAGCAAAUCUUAUCCAACCACAUUAUCUUUAGUAUUAUGAUCCGCAAGCUAGAUGUGAAUAUCACAAGAUGCUUGAUGCUAAUGAAGCUAAGAGUGCUCCAAACAUCACUCAAAAUCCUUUAGCUCCAUAUGAUGCAGCUUUGACAAAUAUGGUCACCAUCGAGGAAGUUGAAAGGCCUAUGUUGGAGAAUGUCAGUUCUUGGUCUCUUGAGGAAUUGUUUGCUAUUUUGACAGGUGGUCGAGGCUAUGUGAAUCUUGAAGUGGAGGAGUUGAGAAGAGUUGUUUUGAAGUCAAAGGAUAUCAAAAUUGAAGAGAUGCUAGAGGAAUCAUCCAAGAAGCCAAUGUCAGAAAAGGAAGUGGCUGAAUUCUUGAACAUUUUGAGGAAGAAUGAGUAUAGGGCAAUUUUGGCUCUAGAUUACAUUAACUUCACUGAUGAAGAGAUUCUUGAUGAAGGAAAUGGGCAUACCAAAGCUCUUCAUGUUUCCAUCUCGUGUAAGAUGAUGAAUAUGCCUCAUGUCUUGAUUGACAAUGGGUCAGCUUUGAAUGUGAUUCCUAUGACUGUUUUAAAGCAAUUGAAAGUUGAUGAGUUUCACAUUAAUCAUUGUAAUACUGUGAUUUGUGCCUUUGAUGGAAUAGAGAAAGUUGUGAUUAGAAAGAUUGAGCUUUCAAUGGAAAUUGGUCCUAUGACUUUUAACGUGGAUUUCUUUGUUAUGGAUAUUGCUCUUGCUUUUAAUAUGCUUCUUGGAAGGCUUUGGAUACAUGUUGCGGGGCCAGUACCAUUGACUUUGCAUCAUAAAGUCAAGUACAUUGUCAAUGGUGUUCUCGUUACAAUGAAUGUUGGGAAAAGGUUUGGGAUUCUUGAACCUAUUGAGAUAAUUCAAACUCAAGGAACUUUUGGUUUGGGAUACAAACCGAAGAAAGAAGACUGGCAAAGGAUUCGUAUUGUUAAAGCUAAGAAACACCUUGCUAGAAUUCAAGAGAAAGACCCACAAGAUGAACCAAUGUGGGUACCGCACAUCAGAGUCACAUUCUCAUGACCUACUAAGAUUUUGAACCCUUUUCUUGAUGAAUAUAUGGUGAAGUGUAUAAAUGUUUUAUAUGUGGAUCCAAAAGGUAUUGUUUUCUCCAAUAAAUUGCUUAAAGUGGG